CACUGUGCGACUGUGUUUACAGCCAGCACGGCGCUCUCCUGCCUCAGUACGAGGAUCAUUUGAAAACAGUUUUCCAGCAGGUUUCCCUGUAACUUCCGGGGAGGAUGACCAUGGAUGUGACUUUCCUCGGGACCGGCUCGGCCUACCCGUCCCCUCACCGCGGGGCCUCGGCUCUGGUGCUGCGGACAGAGGGGGACUGUUGGCUGUUCGACUGCGGGGAGGGGACCCAGACUCAGCUGAUGAGGAGCCCGCUCAGAGCCGGGCGAAUCUCCAAGGUUUUCAUCUCCCACUUGCAUGGAGACCACCUGUUCGGUCUGCCCGGUCUGCUCUGCACCAUCAGCCUCAACACCAACCCCCAGCAGAACCUGAACUGUGUGGACAUCUACGGGCCCCGGGGCCUCCGGCACUUUCUCAGGGUGACACUCGGCCUCACGGGGUCACAGCUGCUCUUCCCUUAUGCAGUUCAUGAGCUGGAGCCCACCGCUGACCAGAGUCCAGAGGAGGGACAGCUCAGUCUGGAGAUGACAGCAGAGAGCGGACCUCUGCACCCGCAGGAGCGACCGGGCAGAACGAUCCCUCUGGACGUCUCUAGUGACUCCUACCUCCUGUUUGAAGACAAGAAGUUUGUGGUCAAAGCGUUCAGGCUGUUCCACCGUGUCCCUUCCUUUGGUUUUUGCAUUAAGGAGCACGAUCGUCCCGGAAGACUGAAAACUGAAAUGCUGAAGGAACUGGGCCUGAAACCAGGGCCUCUCUACGGCCGUCUCAAAGCUGGCGAGUCUGUAACUUUGGGAAGUGGGCGUGUGGUGCUGCCUACUGACGUGCAGGAGGAAUCCAUUCCAGGCAGGAAAGUCUGCAUUUUCGGAGACUGCAGCUCAGUUCUCGGGGAAGGAGCGCUGAGUCUGUGCAAUGGAGCGGACGUUCUGGUUCACGAGGCAACUCUGGGGAACGAGCACCGGGAGAAAGCAGUGGACCACGGACACAGCACGCCCGAGAUGGCAGCGGCGGUGGCAUGUGCCUGCAGUGCACGGAAGCUGGUGCUGUACCACUUCAGUCAGAGGUACAAACCCAGCUCCCUGCAGAAAGAGGGAGACGAGGACGACGUGUCAGAGCUGAAGCGACAGGCUGAAGAGGCUCUGCUGGACAGUGGUGUAGAAGUGACUCUGGCUGAGGACUUGCUGACUCUGCCCAUUCCUGUCAGGAGACCAAGAUGAGGAAUAACCAGUUGUCAGCACUAGGGAGGCCAUGGUGUGGAAAUGUUCCCACUGAGUAAUAAACUCGUGACAACACCAGUUUUACUGAUUACACUGGACAUUUAACAAGAAAAGACGUGUGUUGGCUCAGUGUCUCUACAGCGUUCCCUGAGUGAGAUUUAAGGAAAAUGAAAAGCAUUAGAAUCAGAACAACGGCUUUUUAAAUAUAGGCGUCAGUAGUGAUUCAGUCAGAAAUGUUUGUCUGUAGACAGCCAUACAAGCCAGUAGCCAGUCGGAUUCAUCUUUAGCCUUUGCGAUCGUUACUAUUUUUUUGUUUAUUGUUUUGCUGGCUGUUUGGAUUGGCUCCCAAGGGUUUGGAUCUCGAUCUCGCUCUCUCACAAACCUGGAUCAUGUUAAACAUGCAGCUUUUAUAAAUGUCUCUCUCGAACAGGCAGCAAGCACGAGGCAUUUCUUGGCAGGAGGAAUUUUCUAGUUAUUUUGCUCACAGAGUACUCCUUAGAUUGAAUUAUUCAAAUCAGAAAAAACUCAUCAGAAAAAAUAAGGCAAAUUCUUACUUUAAAUCAAAAAUAUUUAAUUUCCAACAAAUAUCAGUGGAAAAAUUCUGCCAUUUGCAGAAACUUUCCCCCCAAUUUUGAACAAAAUGUCUUAAACUUUUCCAGAACAUUUUCCAAAAUAUCUCCAUGUCCUCACCUUCUGCUGCUGUCUGAGUCCUGUCUGUUAAUCUUCAAGUCAUUUUUUAAGUUUCUUUAAUUCCCUGACAUUUUCUGAAAUAUUCUUGGAAAUUUUACAAAAUAAAAAUAAAAUCCCUAAAAAAACUCCUAAUCAGAUUUCUAUGAAACUUGGCCAAAGGAUGGGACAUGGGCCAAGAAAGUGUGUGAAAUGUUGUGUAGAUCCAAAUAAAGAUUUAAAUUUGUGCCUUGGCACAGUAAUGUGCUAUUUUGAGUGCCAGUCUAGAUACAUCAGUUUUGAGUCUUUGCGUCUGUUCAUGUGAGCUUGUAAAUAAAACCACAUCUUUUCACAAUUUCCUUAUGAUGAUAAAAGAACAUGCGUUCAUCUCUGAACAUUUUCCAGAGCUUUAUUUCUGGAUCUGUACACAAGGUAUUAAAGUACAACAGAAAAUACAAAAUAAUGUUUAACAAAAGAAAAAAAAAAACUCAAUGUUUAUGUACAAUUCUUAUAAACAAUAAAGAUAGCUUCUUGAA